AUGCCGGAACAUGGAGGAGAACACGGUCUUCGACUGCCUAAAAUGGCCCCCGGUUUGCGCUCCGCUUUGAGCUCGCCGCCACGGUUUGCAGCUUGGCGGAGCGCUCCGACCGUGGCAUAUUCGCAACGUCGCAUGGUGCAGAGGAAAAGAGACUGUCGCAGAAGAAGAAUGAUGGGGAUGUACCAGGGGAGAAGAGAAAGCAGCAAAGCAGAAGAAAGCGAUGGGUUCAGAGGAGAAGAGCUGAAGAUAGAAGACCAACGGAGAAGGGAGAAGUGGUUAGGAUGCUGCAGUGGUGAAGAGUACGCUCUGAACGGGAGAAGCAGGAGACAGAAAGAAGAAAAAUGCCGGAACAUGGAGGAGAACACGGUCUUCGACUGCCUAAAAUGGCCCCCGACCGUGGCAUAUUCGCAACGUCGCAUGGUGCAGAGGAAAAGAGACUGUCGCAGAAGAAGAAUGAUGGGGAUGUACCAGGGGAGAAGAGAAAGCAGCAAAGCAGAAGAAAGCGAUGGGUUCAGAGGAGAAGAGCUGAAGAUAGAAGACCAACGGAGAAGGGAGAAGUGGUUAGGAUGCUGCAGUGGUGAAGAGUACGCUCUGAACGGGAGAAGCAGGAGACAGAAAGAAGAAAAAUGCCGGAACAUGGAGGAGAACACGGUCUUCGACUGCCUAAAAUGGCCCCCGACCGUGGCAUAUUCGCAACGUCGCAUGGUGCAGAGGAAAAGAGACUGUCGCAGAAGAAGAAUGAUGGGGAUGUACCAGGGGAGAAGAGAAAGCAGCAAAGCAGAAGAAAGCGAUGGGUUCAGAGGAGAAGAGCUGAAGAUAGAAGACCAACGGAGAAGGGAGAAGUGGUUAGGAUGCUGCAGUGGUGAAGAGUACGCUCUGAACGGGAGAAGCAGGAGACAGAAAGAAGAAAAAUGCCGGAACAUGGAGGAGAACACGGUCUUCGACUGCCUAAAAUGGCCCCCGACCGUGGCACAUUCGCAACGUCGCAUGGUGCAGAGGAAAGGAGACUGUCGCAGAAGAAGAAUGAAGGGGAUGUCCCAGGGGAGAAGAGAAAGCAGCAAAGCAGAAGAAAGCGAUGGGUUCAGAGGAGAAGAGCUGAAGAUAGAAGACCAACGGGGAAGAGAGAAGUGGUUAGGAUGCUGCAGUGGUGAAGAGUACGCUCUGAACGGGAGAAGCAGGAGACAGAAAGAAGAAAAAUGCCGGAAUAUGGAGGAGAACACGGUCUUCGACUGCCUAAAAUGGCCCCCGGUUUGCGCUCCGCUUUGA